CCAAACACGCAAUUCAAUGGGUAUCAUUCUCUUUCUAACUUCUCGCGUUUCUGCAUCUAUUUGGCUUAUCCGAUUCGAAUACGCAGUUGCGUAAUUGCGUUACAGAGAUUCUUCGGUUUCCCUCAAACGAUUUGGGCUUAGGGUCUCUGAGUUUCGAUUUCUUAGAGCACAAGAUAAUCGGUAUGGGUGGCGGAGGAGUGAUGAGGGCGGCGGCGGCGGCAAAGGUUAUCGGAAUCACCGCCGCUAGCGGCGGCUUCCGAGGCUUCGCGCCGGAUCAUCCGGUAUGCGCGGCUGUUCGUCCGGUUGCCGCUUCCGCGAUUUCUUCUGCCUGUGAUGAUGUCAGGGGAGUGCUCUCUGCUCCGGACAUUUCUGCGGCGGAUGGGAUGUCGGUGCCGAAGCCGUUUUUGGAGUUUGAUGACUGGGGAUUUUCCGACGAGGAGGAAACGCCGCCGGCUCGACUCGUCUUCGGCAGUGCGCCUACUCUCCAGGAAGCUAAAGAGGCCACUUCUGAACUCAAGGAAGCCAUUGACAACUUGUUUUUGUACCCCAACUAUUUUGGAUGUUCCCAAGCCACCGGAGGGGACCUGUCUUCAAGUUUCCAUAGUUUGAAGACUCAAGGUUGUGAUAAUAGUGACGGAACAAUAAGUACUCACGCGACACCAAGAAAUGCCCUUCAGGCAUUCAGGCUUCUCAGUGAAAGUGCUGCUGCUCAGAGUGUUGUUGCUUCAAUUGCUUCUGAUCCAAAGGUCUUUGCUGCAGUGUUGGAAAAUCCCGAACUAAUGCAAUUCAUCGAAGCACACAAAUCUAACGAUUCCUCAACCGGGAGCAACCUGGAUGUGGAGGAUUGUGCUUCCGACAAUGGUUCAUCAUAUCUACCACCACCAAGAAGCACAGAUAAGCCCGCAUUUCAAACCAGAUUUGCAGAUUUCUUCAAGAAAUACCUACCAUCACCAAAAAGCAGUGAUGAUAAGUCUGAAUCUCGAAGCAAGGUUGCAGAUUUCUACAAUAAAACGAAAGCAGCGGUGACUGAUAUGAUGAGCAACUUGUCUGAUUACUUCCAGAGUAUAUUUGGAGGGGACGACGUUUAUAUAAACGCAGAUGGAAGUGCCAAAAUAGGCGCGGUGGAGAAAACGGUUGGAGCUUCGUUCCUAGGAUUGGCGAUAAUGGUGAUCAUGGUGUUCGUGUUGAAACAAGUUUAAUGUCUGCAUCAUACAAAAGAAUUUGUCGAAACUAUGUUCUCUACAUUUUUACUUUUUGCUAUAAGCUCUUUUUGUGUCCACCUUAACUGCUACAAAAACCAUAAUUGGAGUCAAAUAUAUAAUACUAUAAGAGUCAUUUUUUGGACUUAAAA